CACCAGUCCUCCUAACUGAGACUUCAGGAAGUCAGUCCCAAUUUACACACACUGGGUCUGCCCUCUGGCUGCCUCCUUGGAGAUGUGCCAUGAUAUCUCAGGAGGGUGCAGGGCAGGGGCGGAUUGACCAUUUGAGCACUCGGGCAGUGCCCGAGGGCCCAGGGUCAGUAGGGGGCCCCAUGAGAUGCCCCUGGUACCUUUCAUAGGCUUUUUGGAGUUUGGGCAAGGACACAGGGGCCCCAUGAUCCCCUAUUACCCGGGGGCCCCAUGAGUUGUCAGUCC